UCUCCCUUCCGACCGGUGAGGGCACUGGGGAGGAGGAGCAGGCAGAGCCGCGGUGCGCAACGUCACAGACCCGGUCGGGAAGCGCAGUGGCAAUCACGCAUUGGCUGACGGCGGUUGCCCUCGCUGACCAAUGGGGACGGGACGGGGCGUACAAAAGGGGGCGUGGCCCGGGGUUCUGUUCCUUCUGGCAAGGUACAGUGUGUGAGAGAGAGAGAGAGAGAGAAAGAAAGAAACUAGCAGAGAAGCAGGGGAAGGGAAUUGGAAGACGGGUCGUUUUGCGAUUGUGCAUUUACUUGCUAACCCUUCUACUGCUUGUAUUUUUUAGAGCACUAACGGGACGCUCCGGGAUCACGCCGGAGGAGUGACAACCCGGAAGUGCUGGGUUUAUUACCCCCGUGUUUUUCCCGUUCCCGGAUUACAAAACGGAAGACGGACUGCUUUUGUUGUUUGUUUAUUUUGGGACUGCAACCCCGUUUCCCUUUAUUUUGUCGGGUUACACAUUGUUGUGUACCCCGGCUUCCUUAUUGUUUAUUUUCCCUAUUGUUUUGAGUGCGGUUUGGUAUUUUUAGUUGAAAAGAAAUAAAACCAAGGCGCUUAAUUGAAUAGAGGACUGGAGUCUAUUAUUUUACACCACACUACGCCCAUUCUGCCACACGUGGUGUCAUCGUGGGAUGGACCCAACCACUUUGUCGGCGAUCCUGGAGGCGUUGGACAGCCGGAGGGAGGCUGAGGAACGGAGGAGGGAGGAGAGAUACACGGCUCUUAUCGAGAGGGUCGGGAUGGGGAUGACGUCAGCGGCGACGGGCCCCGUGCUGGUUGCCCCGAAGGCCCGGGCCCAGAAAAUGACGGUGGAGGAUGACCCGGAGGCCUACCUGGUAGCCUUUGAACGGUUGGCUACCACUGCAGCAUGGCCCCGGGAGUACUGGGCGAGCCAACUUGGUCCCUGCUUGAUCGGGGAAGCACAAGCAGCGUACCGGGCCAUGACUGACGACGAUGCCGCCCAGUAUGACCUGGUUAAGCAGGCUAUCCUCCGCCGUCUCAAUAUCACGGGGGAGACUCAUCGGGUCAGAUUCCGGGAGUUCCAGCGACCCCCCAACACCCGGCCCAGGGUGGUAGCCCAGCAAUUAUGCGACCACAUGGCGCAAUGGCUGAACCCCAGUCAGAAAACCGGGAUUCAGAUGGGGGAGGCCAUUGUGAUGGAACAAUUCUGCCAUGUGGUCGGGGCUGAGACGCAGGCGUGGGUACGCCGGCAUAACCCCACGACGCUGGAGCAGGCCGUGGCGUUAGCCGAAAACUUCGAGGACUCCCUGGUGUCCGCCCGAACCACCCUGCUGGACUGCCCCCCUCCCUCCGCUGCCAAAGGACCGCCGUCGAACCCUUUUCCCGGACCCAGGGCCGUCAGAUCACCGGCCCCGUCGGGCCACCCGGGCCCCUUACCAUGGAGGCAGAGGUUGGCCCCCAGCUGGGGUAGAAUGGUUCCCCCUGCCCCGCUGUCAUACCAGCAGCGGGACAAAUAUGUACCGCCCUUGCCCUCUGCCCCACCCGUCUGUUUUAGGUGCCAGCAGCCGGGACACAUUGCCAGAUACUGCCCGGCGGCCAUGGAGUGCGACGUGGCUGCGUGUCACCUGGCGUCUGAGACAGAUCUCCCUUCCGACCGGUGAGGGCACUGGGGAGGAGGAGCAGGCAGAGCCGCGGUGCGCAACGUCACAGACCCGGUCGGGAAGCGCAGUGGCAAUCACGCAUUGGCUGACGGCGGUUGCCCUCGCUGACCAAUGGGGACGGGACGGGGCGUACAAAAGGGGGCGUGGCCCGGGGUUCUGUUCCUUCUGGCAAGGUACAGUGUGUGAGAGAGAGAGAGAGAGAGAAAGAAAGAAACUAGCAGAGAAGCAGGGGAAGGGAAUUGGAAGACGGGUCGUUUUGCGAUUGUGCAUUUACUUGCUAACCCUUCUACUGCUUGUAUUUUUUAGAGCACUAACGGGACGCUCCGGGAUCACGCCGGAGGAGUGACAACCCGGAAGUGCUGGGUUUAUUACCCCCGUGUUUUUCCCGUUCCCGGAUUACAAAACGGAAGACGGACUGCUUUUGUUGUUUGUUUAUUUUGGGACUGCAACCCCGUUUCCCUUUAUUUUGUCGGGUUACACAUUGUUGUGUACCCCGGCUUCCUUAUUGUUUAUUUUCCCUAUUGUUUUGAGUGCGGUUUGGUAUUUUUAGUUGAAAAGAAAUAAAACCAAGGCGCUUAAUUGAAUAGAGGACUGGAGUCUAUUAUU